AUGAGUGGAGAUUUCAACAGCCACCAUUCAUUUUGGCAUGGAAAUGAUACAAAAAAAGGCCAAAAACUACUGAACUUGAUACGUGAAUUUAAAUUAAAAGUUUAUAGUACACCAAAACCAUCAUUCAAUGAAAAACCACAUCCGUGUACAUGGCCAGGUUGUGAGUCUAAAUUUAAUACUCAAGAUCAAUUGACCAGACAUGAACGAUUACAUACUGGUGAAAAACCAUUUGAGUGUUCAUGGCCAGGUUGUGAAUGUAAAUUUAAACGUAAAGAAUAUUUGACCAGACAUGAACGAAUUCAUACAGGUGAAAAACCAUUUGAGUGUACAUUGCCUGGUUGUGGAAAAAAAUUUAACUGUAAAGAAAAUUUGACCAAACAUGAACGAAUUCAUACUGGUGAAAAACCAUAUGAAUGUGAACAUUGUGAUCAAUGUUUCAGUCAAUCCAGUAAUCUAAAAAGGCAUAAGGAACGAACACAUUCAGAUGAAAAACCAUUUGAGUGUACAUGGCCAAGUUGUGGAAAAAAA